UUCAAAAAUUACAACUCCCACCAAUUUAAAGAAGAGCUAAGCUACUAUACUAAUCUAGAUCCCACAUCGAAUGAUCCAAAUGUGCUAUGGAAUGAAUUUAAGAACAACUUUCUUACUAUUGCUGAAAAACACGCGCCAGUUAGACAGCGUCGCGUUAAGAGUGAGCAUAAACCAUGGCUGACGAAAGAAAUAAAGCGUUUAAUGCAUCAUAGGGAUUAUCUUAAAAGACAGAGUGUUCGUUUAACAUCGAGUAAUUAUAACGAGGCCUACAAAAGAUGCAAGAAUAAAUUAAGUAAGCUUAUUAAAAAGACUAAGGAAGAAUACUUUAAAACGAAGUUAUCUAAUGCAAAUAAUAGCAAAGAGAGUUGGCAGGCUAUUAAUGAGCUAUUAAACAAAAAGCCCAAAACUACCCAUGUAACACAACUAAAUGUAGAUGACCAAGUUAUAACUGGAGACACAAAUAUUGCGGACUGUUUUAAUCAGUAUUUUUCAUCCAUCGGUUGUAAACUGUCGAAAAAUGUCCAAAAUAUUAAUGUUGACCCUAUGACAUUUGUCACUCCUACGGAGAGUUCGUUUCAUUUUUCAUGUAUUUCAGUCCAGGAGACUUUUGACGCCUUAAACCAACUUAAUUCAAGGAAAUCACCAGGACUGGACGGCAUAAGUGUAAAACUAUUAAAAGAUACAAGCGAUGUUAUCGCGCAACCAUUAGCCAACAUCUUUAAUCUAUCUCUUCAGACUGCAAUUUUUCGGACGAGUGGAAAAUCGCCAAGGUAUCACCAGUCUUUAAAGAAGGAAAUAAAACUGAUUGCGGAAAUUAUAGACCAAUCUCUGUAA